GAGUCGGCACCUGGAGGACAUGGAGGAAAGACCGGGACCGGCAGAGAACAAGGCCAAUGUGGACAGCUCCAUGUCCACGGCGGUGGCCCAGCUGGCUGGGCGCUUUAGAGAGCAGGCAGCUGCAGCGAAGGAGACACCAACCAGUAAACCAACAAGAAGGAAACCACCCUGCUCCCUCCUCUUGUUCCCUCCCAAGGUAGAGCUGGGCCAGAAUGGUGAGGAGAAAUCACUGCCCAAUGCAAGCCACUCUCCUAAAGUCAAGGUGAAGAGCUCUCCUCUGAUCGAGAAGCUUCAGGCCAAUUUAGCCUUUGAUCCUGCAGCCCUUCUGCCGGGGGCCUCACCCAAGAGCCCUGGACUCAAGGCUGCGGUGUCCCCAUUUCACAGCCCGCCCUCCACCCCCAGCAGCCCUGGUGUGUGGUCUCGGUCCAGCGAGCCGGAGGAGGUGCCUGUCAGCUUCGACCAGCCCCCUGAAGGCAGCCAUCUGCCCUGUUACAAUAAGGUGCGGGCACGAGGCUCAAUCAAAAGGCGUCCCCCCUCCAGGCGGUUCCGGAGGUCUCAGUCGGAUUGUGGGGACCUUCGUGACUUCAGGGCGGCAGACUCGUCUCAGGAGAAUGGUGCCAAGGAGGAGAACAGCGAGGAGGUGUUCACAUCCAAGAGCACAACCCCAGGAUCCCCUCUGUCCAGUGAUGGGGUGGAAAAGGAAGAGGGGAGAAGGCUGGGGUCCGAUGAGAAGCUCCCUCUGAGGAGGACAUCCAGCAGGACAGAGAGGCCUGAGGAGAAGGGCGGGGCUGCAGAGGAAGCCAAGCAAGAGGAGAAGGCUGUGGGGAAUUCAGAUGAUGACCACCAAAGCCCAGCCCAGGAGGAGGCCACGGAACCACCCCAAACAUCCAGCCCUAAGGCAGAGAAUGGGUGCGGGAGCCCCAUGGAACAAAAAGCAGCUGGAGAGGAAACGGAGACCGAAAAGCCUACAGAGAGGAAGCAGGAGAGGGUGGGAAAUGAAGAAGAUAAGCCUGGACAAAAAAGCCAAGACACAAAGAAGCUGGAGGAGAGCGCUGCGUUGAAGGAGACCCCCACAAAUCCCCCUGGAGAAAUAGAGGGUGACAAAGCCUCGGAGCAGGAGAAAGACAAGGAAAAGCCAGAGGACAGGGAUGGAGUUCUCAAGCCAGACUGA